UAUGUGUCCCUCCCUCCCCUCCCUCCCCCUCGCAUCCGCAGCAGGGACUGGCCAAUAAAAGACGGCAAACACGUAAGCGUCGACGGAGGAUGCUCAACGUGUGAAGCGGCGUCGUACUCUCGUCUCUCAGCACCGCUCGCGUCUCCCCAGCCACCGAGUGCAGCCCGGGCCCGAACCCCGUCCGAACCCCGGCUCUCAUUCAUCCUAGCGACCACAGGAGGUGAGGAGGUCGGAGGGGAGGGGGGGCCGGCGGCCUAAAUCGUAGCGAGUCGGGAUCCGCACCAGGAAGGUCAUCGCCUCAAGAUGUUGGAUCCGUCGUCCAGCGAGGAGGAGUCCGACGGGAUGGUGGAGGAGGAGAGCAAGGAGGUGAUGGCGCCCCAGGCCGGAUCCCGCAUCUCCCCGAGCAGGACCAGCGAGAGCUCGGGCGGACUGGCGCCGAGCAGCGGCCGCAGCAGCGCCCGCCCGACCAGCCCCAGCCCGUCGGCCGCCAGCGAGGAGAAGGACGACCUGGAGAAGCUGCAGCGGGAGGAAGAGGAGCGUAAGAAGAAGCUGCAGCUGUAUGUGUUCGUCAUGCGGUGCGUGGCGUAUCCCUUCAACGCCAAGCAGCCCACGGACAUGGCGAGGCGGCAGCAGAAGAUAAGCAAGCAGCAGCUUCAGCAGACCAAGGAUCGCUUCCAGGCCUUCCUAAAUGGAGACACGCAAAUUGUGGCCGAUGAAGCAUUCAUCAACGCUGUGCAGAGCUACUAUGAGGUGUUCCUAAAGAGCGACCGCGUGGCUAAAAUGGUCCAGAGCGGAGGCUUCUCGGCGAGCGACUUCAGGGAUGUGUUCAAGAGGCACAUCGAGAAGCGCGUGCGGAGCCUCCCGGAGAUCGACGGCCUAAGCAAGGAGACGGUGCUCAGCUCCUGGAUGGCCAAGUUCGACACCAUCUACCGCGGCGACGAGGAUCCACGCAAGGCCCAGCAGCGCAUGACAGCCAGCGCUGCCUCUGAGCUCAUCCUGAGCAAGGACCAGCUGUACGAGAUGUUCCAGAAUAUCCUCGGCAUUAAAAAGUUUGAGCACCAGCUGCUUUACCAAGCUUGUCAGUUGGACAACUUGGAUGAGCAGGCUGCACAGAUCAGGAGAGAACUGGACGGUCGUCUUCAGAUGGCCGACCACAUUGCACGGGGAGGAAAGUUCCCCAAGUUUGUGUCGAAAGAGAUGGAAGCCAUGUUCAUUGAAGAGCUCAAGUCUUCAGUCAAUCAGCUGAUGGCCAAUCUGGAAAGUAUGCCCGUGUCCAAGGGCGGAGAGUUCAAGCUCCAGAAGCUGAAGCGGGGCCACAACACCUCCAUCAUCGACAUGGGCCAGGAGGACGAAAACACUCUGUCCAAGUCUGAUGUGGUCCUGUCCUUCACUCUUGAGGUGGUGAUCAUGGAGGUGCAGGGGCUCAAGUCUUUGGCUCCUAACCGGAUUGUUUACUGCACCAUGGAAGUGGAAGGAGGGGAGAAGCUCCAGACUGACCAAGCAGAAGCCUCCAAGCCAACCUGGGGGACCCAGGGGGACUUCACCACCACACACCCUCUGCCUGCUGUCAAGGUAAAACUCUUCACAGAGAGCACAGGAGUGCUGGCGCUGGAGGACAAAGAGCUGGGCAGGGUUGUCCUACACCCGACUCCUAACAGCCCCAAGCAGUCAGAGCUGCAUAAGAUGACUGUGACCAAGGCUUGCCCUGACCAAGACCUCAGAAUUAAACUGGCCAUUCGCAUGGACAAACCCCAAAAUAUGAAACACUGCGGGUAUCUGUGGGCCUUUGGCAAGAAUGUCUGGAAGCGCUGGAAGAAGCGUUUCUUUGUACUCGUGCAGGUGAGUCAGUAUACAUUCGCCAUGUGCAGCUACAGAGAGAAGAAAUCAGAACCACAAGAGCUUCUCCAGCUGGACGGCUACACUGUGGAUUACAGCGACCCGCAACCUGGCUUAGAUGGCGGUAGGGCUUUCUUCAACGCGGUGAAGGAGGGCGACACCGUGAUCUUCGCCAGCGACGACGAGCAGGACCGCAUCUUGUGGGUCCAGGCCAUGUAUCGGGCCACCGGCCAAUCUCACAAGCCCGUCCCACCCACUCAGGUCCAGAAACUCAACUCCAAAGGGGGUGCCUCGGCCCAAAUGGACGCUCCCAUCUCUCAGUUCUAUGCUGACAGAGCUCAGAAACAUGGCAUGGAUGAGUUUAUCUCCGCUAACCCCUGUAGCUUUGACCACGCCUCACUUUUUGAGAUGGUUCAGCGGCUCACGUUGGAUCACAGGCUCAGUGACACCUUCUGCUGUUUGGGAUGGUUCAGCCCGGGCCAGGUUUUCGUCCUGGACGAGUACUGUGCCAGGAACGGCGUGCGGGGUUGCCACAGACAUCUGUGUUACCUGGGAGAUCUGCUGGAGAGGGCAGAGAGUGGCGCCAUUAUCGACCCCACUCUUCUACACUACAGUUUUGCUUUUUGUGCCUCCCACGUGCACGGGAACAGAGAGGGCCACAAUUACUGGGGGCCGCUGCCCUACGAGGCCCUAAGGAGCCCUAAGAGCUCCCAAAGGCCAAAUGCUGACACUGGCUCUAAACGAGCGAACCUCAUAUUCAAGUUUAGAAAGAGAAAGGAUUCCAAAGUCUGUCAAGAUGCCAUCAGGCCGGACGGGCUCAGCACCGUCAAAGUGGACGAGAAGGAGCGUUUUGAAGACAUCAAGGAGCGUUUACGUGUGAUAUUGGAAAACCAGAUUGUAAAUUUCAGAUAUUGUUUCCCUUUUGGGCGUCCUGAAGGUGCACUGAAGGCCACUUUAUCUUUGCUGGAAAGGGUCCUGAUGAAGGACAUUGUGACCCCAGUCCCACCAGAAGAAGUUAAAGGAGUCAUCCGUAAAUGUUUGGAGCAGGCUGCUAACCUCAACUACCAACGGAUUAAAGAGUAUGCUAAAAUCGAAGGAAAAAAGAGGGAAAUGUAUGAGCAUCCUGUCUUCUGCUUGGCGUCUCAAGUGAUGGAUUUAACCAUCCUUGAGAAAGGUCAGAAGGAUCAGAAGGAUCCAGAGAAUGCAGCCCGCUUAGUCACACCUGCCAAGAAACUGGAGGAAACCAUUCGCCUGGCAGAGUUAGUCAUCGAGGUCCUCCAGCAGAACCAAGAACACCACGCUGAGGCGUUUGCUUGGUGGACCGACCUCAUGGUGGAGCACGCCGAGAACUUCCUGGCCCUCUACGCCAUUGACAUGGACGCCGCUCUGGAGAUCCAGUCGCCUGAGAGCUGGGACAGUUUCCCGCUCUUCCAGCUCCUCAACGAUUUUCUCCGGACAGACUAUCAUCUGUGCAACGGAAAGUUCCACAAGCACCUCCAGGAUCUGUAUGCUCCUCUGGUGGUUAGAUAUGUGGACCUGAUGGAGUCCUCCAUCGCUCAGUCAAUACACAAAGGCUUUGAGCGAGAGUCCUGGGAGCCUGUAAAGAGUUUAACAAGUAAUCUGCCCAAUGUGAAUCUACCAAAUGUCAACCUCCAAAUUCCAAAAGUACCAAAUCUGCCAGUUCCAGUAGCAGGACUAUCAGUUAACCUUCCACAAAUGCCUAGCUUUUCUACCCCGUCGUGGAUGGCUGCUAUAUAUGACUCUGACAACGGCUCUGGGACAUCCGAGGACCUGUUCUGGAAGCUGGACGCCCUCCAGACCUUCAUCAGGGACCUCCACUGGCCCGAGGAUGAAUUUGCCAAACACCUGGAGAGCCGGAUCCAGCUCAUGUCUAGCAACAUGAUUGAGAACUGCGUCAAGCGCACAAGGAUGGCGUUCGAGUCCAAACUGACAAAGAGCAGCAAGUCCACAGAUUUCCGCAUUUCUCCAACCUUAUGUACCAUGUUCAACGUGAUGGUGGACGCCAAGGACCAGUCUGCCAAACUUUGUGCAAUGGAGAUGGGCCAGGAGAAGCAGUUCCACUCGCAAAUUGACGAGCUGAUUGAGGAAAGCGUGAAGGACAUGAUCCAGCUCCUUGUUGCAAAGUUUGUUGCCAUUCUGGAGAGCGUCCUGGCCAAGAUAUCCAGAUAUGAUGAAGGAACGCUCUUCUCCUCAUUCCUCUCUUUUACGGUGAAAGCUGCAUCCAAGUAUGUGGACGUACCUAAACCCGGCAUGGACGUGGCUGACGGCUACGUGACCUUUGUGCGCCACUCUCAGGAUAUGCUGCGUGAUAAGGUCAAUGAGGAGGUGUAUAUAGAAAGGUUAUUUGAUCAAUGGUACACGGCCACCAUGAACCUCCUGGGCACGUGGCUCACGGAGCGCAUGGACCAGCAGCUGCAUGUCUACCAGCUCAAGAUCCUCAUCAGGAUCACUAAGAAAAAGUACCGUGACUUCCGCCUGCAGGGCGUCCUGGACUCCACGCUGAACAGCAAGAUGUACGACACGGUGCGUAAUCGGCUGACGCUGGAGGAAGCCACGGCGUCGGUGAGAGAAGGAGGCAUGCAAGGCAUCUCAAUGAAGGACAGCGAUGAGGAGGACGAGGACGACGACUAGAAGCCCCGUUCCUUAACGCUCUUUAUCACAUUUUGACUUUAGCCUGGUUAACCGAUUGCAUGUAUCAACUCAGAUAGCCACUCUAGGACGUCUUUGUCAGCUCCACAUGAAGGAACCAUAAGAAUAAUGUUAAAAAAAAAAUACAAAUAGUGCUUUAAUGAGGAUGAAAAAAAAAAAUGUUCCAAAAUAAGCGUUGAUUGGCAGUUUAGCUGUGUCAUCAUUCAUUUCUACAUUCCUUUAUGUGUUACUAAGCAAUAUGGAAGAAGGUGAGUGUCAAUGCAAAUGAUGUAAGUAUAUGACGCUUCUCUGUGGUACUCAUUCAUGUGUGUGUGUGUGUGUGUGUGUGUGUGCGCGCUCGGACCCACUCUUUGUCUUGGCUUGGGAAGCGACGAGUACCCUCAGUGUUUUGUUUGUGUCCCACCAAGACACGCUUUGACCUUCGACCUGAUGUCCAGAUGCAAUAUGCUCCGUUUUUUGAUACUGUAACUGGGGGAAAUUCUAUUUUUCUUUCUGACAUUUUGGAAAAAAAAAAAAGGUUCUCUUUGAAUUGAGUUGCACUUUUACACAGAAAACUAAGGAGCAAAAAAAAAGUAGUUUUUUUUUAACGAGAAUGACAAAAAUAACGUCGGUCUGUCUUGUCGUGUCUGUAACCGUGUAGAAUGACACGUCUGCCAUCGUUUGUUGUUCUGUAUAUACGAUAUAAAUAUAUAUAAAUAUUCAAUGCUGUACAUUGCAUUCUGAGCCAUCGCUGCAUGCCUGUGGGUUACAACCUUCGACUACUUUUAUUUAUUCUGUGUGUCGACUAGCUGGUGAGUUCAUUCUUGCUUUUUGCUUCGUUUUUGCUUUAUCAUCGCCAACAGUUGUAAUAUGCAAGAGCUGUGGCCUCCAAAUAAAAUUGUACAUGUGCUCCA